AUGCAAAUAUUGACUAGAAUAAAGAACACUAGUUGGUCACCUCCAGCAGAUAACUAUCUUAAGAUCAAUAUAGAUGCUUCUUUUGAUGAUACAGUAAAAAAAUUUGGUAUUGGGCUAAUAAUUAGGGAUUCCGCAGGCAACAGCAGAGGCAUCAGAGGAAAGUACUUCAAUGAAGGAAUAGAUGCAGAGCAGGAUGAGUGCUUUGCCAUCAAUGAAGCACUAAAUUGGGGGAACAAUCUACACUUUGAUCGUAUUCUGCUCGAAUCAGACUGCCAAAAUGUUUUUUUCUCUAUCAAUGAUGCUACCCUGUAUGUACAUUGGGUGAACCAGGGUCUUGUAAAUGAAAUAAAGCAUCAGUUAUCUACUAGGUCAGGAACUACUCUAAUUUAUCUAAACAGAUCUGGCAACAAUGUGGCUCAUGUAAUAGCUAAUAGGGCAAGAAAUUUACGUGCCUCUUUUAAUAUUUUGGAUGAUAUCCCGGCCGAUAUGUAUAAGGCUUUAAGGGAUGAUGUUGUCAAUCUUAAGUUAUGUACUUAA